CAUUUGACUGCCUUAAGUCAGUAAAAUCCGUCCGACAAACAAGGUGUAAAUGAAAUCACUCGGAUCCUGCACCAUGGCACUUGCCUAUUUGAACUAAAUUGUUGAAUGAAAGGGAGACAGGUCAAGUUACGUUGGCUUGGCUAGCGAUGUCGUAUCAUUGCUAAGAUAUACAUCACGCCGGACUUAGGUAUAUAGUAAAUUUGCCAUGGCUACCACUGGCUGUUUCGAAGGUUGCUUUGUAGAUUGGAAGAAAUGCGAGGUAGUUCCGUGAAGUUCAACAUGAAGUUGCUUUCGACUAUCACCAACCUUCUCCUAGGUGUCACAACCUCUGCAGCAUUCCCAGCUGAGAACUCCGCUCGAACUAUUAAUGAUCUUGUAACGUCUAAAAUAACAUGGACGGGGCAAGUCAAGCCCGGAGAGGCUGUCUUGUCAAUCACGGGCACUGCAGAGGAGAUCUAUAAGCAGAUUAUCCAAAUAAACCCCAACUAUGACAACGAGUUAGGCUUGAACAGCAACCAGUCGACCAUAGCAAGGAGGGGCCUAGAGCCUAUCAAGAAGCGCGCCACAACUUCGGACGAUUGGACUUGCACCUACGGCAACAACGUCAACGCCGAGUCGAUCGGCGCAGGGGUCAGAUAUCUGUACAGCAUCGCCAAUGCUGACUGUUCAGCUCCGCCAGGAAGUCCCGGAGCAGGUGGUUGUAGCGUAAGCAGCUGUAAUUCGGGUGCUGGUAUCUGGCUGUGCAACGACGCUAGCAACACUGUUAACAUCCCUUGUACCAUUAUUGCAGAUAACGCCGUCGAAGUCUUGAUUAACUGCCAGACAACUACCUAUAAUGGUGACGAGACCUGGACCAGCUUCACACAUGGGCAGAUAUUUUCGGACGAUCAUACUUGGAACGUCAUACUCAACCAGUGUUAAGUAGAGUCAACUCCGAGAAUUUCGACACAGCAUCUUAUAUUCUCUAAGCCCUGACGAACAAGCGCCUACCAACCUAAGGAGGUUACACAAUGUCAAUAUGGUUCAUUCAAGCUAAAUCUCUAUCGAAUACUAUAACAACAUAUGAAUACAAUAAUUAUAAUGAAGGGAUUUUUCCUCUCCGAAGCUAAAGUCAAAACUGUUGACUCUAAGAUUCUGUUUAUGUACCAUAUCUAGCCAGCCCCUGAGUGAAUCAUGCCA